CCGAGCGCUGACGGAGCUGAGCACGAGCCCGACCCGGGUUGGCACCUUGGCGGCGACGAGCGGCGGCGGGCAGGUGGACAUCCUCCGUGGGGCAGGACAGAUGUUUCUGGACCAGAUGAAGCUUAAGGAGACUUCCGGCUGUAAGAUAUUAGGAUAGGAAAACUCUCAAGCCUGGAUCUCCAGAAGGCUUGCCUUGCCUCUCCGCACGAUGUCAGGAAGCCACGUACCUUCUGCCAGUGGCCCCUUCUCAGCCCUGACCCCGAGCAUGUGGCCCCAGGAGAUCCUGGCCAAAUACACGCAGAAGGAGGAGGCAGCGGAGCAGCCAGAGUUCUGCUACGAUGAGUUCGGUUUCCGGGUCGACAAGGAAGAUGGCGCUGGCCCCCGCUCCGGCAGGCUGCCAGCCGCUCUGAUGGAGGACCCGCCGCAGAGGCUGCGGUGGCAGGCCCACCUGGAGUUCACCCACAACCACGACGUGGGGGACCUCACCUGGGACAAGAUUGCCGUCUCCCUGCCCCGCUCGGAGAAGCUGCGCUCCCUGGUGCUGGCCGGUGUCCCACACAGCAUGAGGCCGCAGCUGUGGAUGCGGCUCUCAGGGGCCCUGCAGAAGAAGAGGAAUUCUGAGCUGUCCUACCGAGAGAUUGUAAAGAACAGCUCCAAUGAUGAGACUAUUGCUGCCAAACAGAUUGAGAAGGACCUGCUCCGCACCAUGCCCAGCAACGCCUGCUUCGCCAGCGUGAGCAGCGUCGGGGUGCCGCGCCUGCGGAGGGUGCUCCGAGCAUUGGCCUGGCUCUACCCGGAGAUCGGCUACUGCCAGGGCACCGGCAUGGUGGCUGCCUGCCUCCUGCUGUUCCUGGAGGAGGAGGACGCCUUCUGGAUGAUGUGCGCCAUCAUCGAGGACCUGCUCCCGGCCUCCUACUUCAGCACCACCCUGCUGGGUGUCCAGACAGACCAGCGGGUCCUGCGCCACCUCAUCGUCCAGUACCUGCCUCGCUUGGACAAGCUGCUCCAGGAGCAUGACAUUGAGCUGUCCCUGAUCACGCUGCACUGGUUCCUCACGGCCUUCGCCAGCGUGGUACACAUCCAGCUGCUGCUGCGCCUCUGGGACCUGUUCUUCUAUGAGGGCUCCCUGGUGCUGUUCCAGACCACGCUGGGCAUGCUGCGCCUCAAGGAGGAGGAGCUGAUCCAGUCCGAGAACUCAGCCUCCAUCUUCAACACACUGUCAGACAUACCGUCGCAGAUGGAGGACGCGGACAUGCUGCUGGGGGAGGCCAUGCAGCUGGCCGGCUCCCUCACCGACGUGGCCGUGGAGACCCAGCGCCGCAAGCACCUGGCCUACCUCAUAGCAGACCAGGGCCAGCUCCUGGGCACCGGCGCCACCACCACUCUCUCUCAGGUAGUCCGCCGCAGGACCCAGCGAAGGAAGUCCGGCCUCACUUCGCUGCUCUUUGGGGAGGAUGACCUGGAGGCACUUAAGGCCAAGAACAUCAAGCAGACAGAACUGGUGGCUGACCUCCGGGAAGCCAUCCUGCGCGUGGCUCGCCAUUUCCAGUGCACAGACCCCAAAAACUGCAGUGUGGAGCUGACCCCAGACUACAGCAUGGAGAGCCACCAGCGGGACCACGAGAACUAUGUGGCGUGCUCACGCAGCCACCCGCGCCGGGCCAAGGCCCUCCUGGACUUUGAGCGGCACGAUGACGAUGAGCUGGGCUUCCGCAAGAACGACAUCAUCACGAUCAUCUCCCAGAAGGACGAGCACUGCUGGGUGGGGGAGCUGAACGGCCUAAGAGGCUGGUUUCCAGCCAAGUUUGUAGAAGUCCUGGAUGAACGGAGCAAAGAGUACUCCAUCGCGGGGGACGAUGCUGUGACGGAAGGGGUCACAGACCUUGUGCGAGGGACCCUCUGCCCGGCCCUCAAGGCCCUAUUUGAACACGGACUGAAGAAGCCUUCCCUGCUUGGGGGCGCCUGCCACCCAUGGCUGUUUAUUGAGGAGGCAGCGGGCCGGGAGGUCGAGAGAGACUUCGACUCAGUAUAUUCGCGCCUAGUGCUGUGUAAGACCUACAGGCUGGAUGAGGAUGGCAAAGUCCUGACCCCGGAGGAGCUGCUCUACAGGGCUGUGCAGUCCGUUAACGUGACCCACGAUGCUGCACACGCACAAAUGGACGUCAAGCUCCGCUCCCUCAUCUGCGUGGGGCUCAACGAGCAGGUCCUGCACCUGUGGCUGGAGGUGCUCUGCUCCAGCCUGCCGACCGUGGAGAAGUGGUACCAGCCCUGGUCCUUCCUGCGCAGCCCCGGUUGGGUCCAGAUCAAGUGCGAGCUCCGUGUCCUCUGCUGCUUCGCCUUCAGCCUCUCCCAGGACUGGGAACUUCCUGUGAAGAGAGAGGAGGAGAAGACACCCCUGAAGGAGGGCGUCCAGGACAUGCUGGUGAAGCAUCACCUUUUCAGCUGGGACAUAGACGGGUGACGUGUUUCCUCCAGAGACCCCGUCAGUCACACCCAGGCCUCCCCCAGCCCGUCGGCUACCAGAGCCCCUUCCUCAGGCAAGACGAGAACAGCACAGCUCUGGCCAGUCUCAGGCUCACUCUGGGACGGGGUCUGAGGUGGCCCAGGUGCACUGUGAGCUGUAGGGUCAAGGAGAGGAUGCACCGCGAGCCCUGGCUGGGCACCAUGGUAGAGUCCGGGGACACCACCCUGGGCACCCAGAAUAUUGCUGGAGGGCAGUGGGUGGCAGAAGCAGGAGGAGGGGGCCAGGCUCAGCCUGUUCCAGCGCCUGGGCGAGGGCUCUGCCCUGCCAGGGUCUGCACAGAGGCCCCGGGCCCCAACUUCACUGUGCCAACCAAAAACCAAGAACAGCCACCUCUGUUCUGUCAGGUUUUGCUCAGGAAGGGGAUGGGGGUAGCUAAAGGCUCCUUGGCCUCCUUGAUUUAUAAAUAAACAGCUGUCUUUGAGAAA